AUGGAUCCGAUAUAUUCUCUAGCGACAAGUAAUCCUACAACUUCUAUAGGUACUGCAGAGGAAGCAGCCUCUCUAAAAAUCCCUGCCGCUAUCAUCUGGGCCCGGGUAGAGCAGGUUUUACAGGAUAGGCAGGCCGCGAUCGAGCGGGCCGAUACAGACGUUACUGAACUAGCGCACGGGACUGACGAGCUGCUGUUCAGUUCAGCUGAGCAGCCGGCGCCCGCGAUCCUAUGGGGUCGGCUGUAUGAUAAUCCUAUCGAAGGGAAGGCCGACUGGAGCUUUUUAAAGGAUAGUUGGACCCCGGUGCUGCAGGCGCAGUUUAUUCGGACCCACCGCUGCCAUCCCCCCAAGAUCCGGGCGUAUUUCCAGCAGGUUGUUGAAUUCAAAGAGAAGCUGGCAAUUUUGAUCCAUAUUACUGGCGGACAGCCCGCUCGAGCCCCCGAGCUGCUUAGCAUCCAGCACGUGAAUACCGAAACGAACGUGCGGCGGAAUAUCUAUAUUGACGACGGGCUGGUCACGCUGGUCACGGCGUACCACAAGGGAUUUUAUGCCAGUAACGACGCGAAGAUCAUCCACCGGUACAUGCCGCGGGAGGUAGGCAAGCUGAUAAUAUAUUACCUGUGGCUGGUGCAGCCGUUUGUCGAACAGCUUGACACUUGGCUAGAAAAACAGUCUCCUGCGCCACGCGACCCCCUGUCCCAGCACCAACGUGCACUGCUGUGGGGGCCUGAUCCGGGGACGCGCCGCAUGUGGUCAUCGGACCGGUUCCGCGACGUACUGAAACAGGAGACAGAGCGACGGCUAGGGCAGGCAAUCCACGCAGCCGCAAACCGAAAUAUCGCUAUUGGGAUCAGCCGGCGGUUCCUACGGGCGGGCAGCCAAUUUCUUCAGAGCCAGAACGAUCAGCGCGAGGGUGAGCGCGCUGCAACCGACCCCGAUAACGAAACGGCUAUGGACGAGACGCAGUGGCUCGGCCACAUUGCUGAUCUGCAGGCAGCCCAUUCGUCGCACGUAGCCGGCAUGAUUUACGGCCGGGGGCUGAUGGAACAGACCGGCACAACCGCACACCGGCAGGAGAUGUUCCGCUUAUCUAGUACAGACUGGCACCGCUUUUUAGGGUUUGCAUCGGCCCAGUUCGAGCCCCCGUCGGCACUGGGGAAACGUAAACGGGCGCCGUGGGAGGACGCAGCGGCCGAACAGCAGAUCUGGCGGCGGCACCGGCUGCAGCAGGCGAACAUGGCGCAGGCUGCACGGCAGAUGACCCAGCGGAGAGAACACGAGCUACGGGGGGUGCAGGCACCGGCGCUACGGGCGAUUCAGGACGGGGAAAGCCCCGUGAUCGCAGUAAUGCCCACCGGCGGCGGAAAAAGUAUGCUAUUCAUGUUACCGGCGUACAUCGAGCCCGGGGGUACGACCGUAGUCGUGAUCCCGCUUAUCGCGUUACGGCAGGACUUCCAGCGGCGGUGCCAGCAGCUUAACAUCUCAUGUGCGAGUUAUCUACAAGGCCAUCGCAAAGAAUGGCUAGGCCUUGACUCCGCUACGGCAAGAUCUCAGCUUAAACAACAGCUUCAAGAAUAUGAUUUAGCCGAUCCCUCUCAGAAACAGGUUCCGAUCCUACCUCCCUCUGCAUCCGCCUUCCCAGACCUGCCAGUAGAGCAAGGGCUUCGAUGCAGGCAAUGCCCGUUUGUAACGCGCUCCGAGAAUUGGAUGCAAAAACAUGUCCGAACCCACCAGUUUACACGACAAAAGCAAGGUCGACCACGAAAGUCCGUUAGCUCUAUUGUUUUAGCACAACAACAGCCGUGUCAAAAUUGGGAUAAUAUCUACUGCCAGCGCUUCUUUGUCUCAGGUCCUCAAAGCCAUUAUUUUCAGGUGAUGCCGUCUUUCCGCCCGACAGCAAGCUCCCAGACCGAUCUUAUUCGUGAUCAGGUCUACGAGCGGAUCCGACAAUUAGAACAGCAAGAGGAACAGCAAAAUCAGACUAUUACAGCAGCUUCACAACCUAGCUUACGUAGCCGUUCGUCACAGGUCACACAAUUUAUUCGACACUAUGAUAGCCUCAAAUGCUGCUUCACUCGACGAUACAACUACCAGAGGGCGCUCUGCGAGGAUCCAAAGGUUAUUGGGGACUGGUUCAAACGUUUAAAAGAGGUUCAAGACGAGCACGGCAUUCAGGACGAGGAUAUUUACAAAUUUGAUGAGACAGGCUUCGCUAUGGGUCUUAUUGCAACUACUAAGGUAGUUACGCGUUCGAAUAUGCCAGGAAGGCCUCAUCUUAUUCAACCAGGUCAACGUGAAUGGGUUACCACAAUCGAAUGCAUUAGCUCCACAGGAUUCAGCGUUCCAACCUGCAUUAUCUUUAAAGGAAAGGUCUAUAUGGAAGGAUGGUUCGAAGAACUUGAUUUACCACACGAUUGGAGGAUCGAAGCCUAUCCUGCUGCGCGCAAGCAAGUAUUUACGAUACAGAACAUUCAAAGCGGCUUUAGAGCAGCGGGAAUACUUCCUUUCAAUCCUAAGGAGGUCCUUAAGGAGUUAAAUAUUCAAAUAUCAACUCCGACCCCCCCUCCUAGCCAUGGGGCAUCAACAAGCUCCUCAAUGAUCAAUACACCUCAUACAGUUCGCCAUUUACACAAGAAGGUCUCCUCAGUCAAGAAGAUGCUUAAUCAAGGCGAUUAG